GAAGUGAAAGUAAAUUGGGCAACCACUCCUAGCAGUCAGAAGAAAGACACAUCCAAUCACUUUCACGUUUUUGUGGGAGAUCUGAGCCCUGAGAUCACAACUGAUGACAUCAGAGCUGCUUUUGGACCCUUUGGGAAAAUCUCGUAAGUUCCAAGAGGUCACACAUUUCUGUGAAACGUGCUUUUGUCUGAAUAAUGUUGAGUGGUUGUGUGUAAUUACUUGAGUCAGACAAUCUGUUUAUAUUUUUUAGCCCUUGUCAGCCAGACUUUCCUAAAAUUAGGAGCAAAGGUUUUAUUGACUUUGUUUCUGCUGGUUGUUGAUAGUUGAUAACUUUAACAAAAUUUUGAGAAUGCAUUGAUACAAAGAAAAAAAAAAACAUUGUUACAUUUAGUUCAAUUUUUUUCAUUUUCUUGAGGUGCUCAUUGGCUGACAUGCAGUCACACUUCUGACAGUAGUGAUGGCUUUGUUUCACAAAUAUAUGCUAUCCUGUCUUAAUAUAUUUCUCUUUAUAAAACAAGGCAGACCUACACAAACUGUAAACCUUCACAGUUAUUUGUCCCAUCAACAGAGCUGUUCAGGUUGUAGUCCACAAAUCUGGAAGAGAAUUUGCCAUGGAUUAUAUCCUAUGGGGUUUUAUAAUGGGUGUUUUGGAUUUAUGAGUAAAAUAAGGUCUACUACAUAAAUUACACAUAGGAAUACCUCAAAUGUCAAUUUUGAUGCCGAAUUGAAGCAACUCACUUUUUAAAAAAACAUUUGGGGUCUGAAAGAGUGUGAUUUAUGUAGAACAAAACAUCCAUGUUUCUUUAUGUAAUGUUUACCACAGAUCUUAUUUUACUCAUAAAUUUAAAAACUCCCAUUAUUAAACCCCAUGGGAAAAUCACAUAUCCUCGCCAACAAAUUGACAUAACAGCUGAACAGCUCUGUUGUUGUUGGUUAGUUUUACUAAAGUAAUUAUUUCAAGAACAGAAUGUUCUAGCUGGAGACAUUUUAGUUUAUUUCGCAUUAAUGUAUUUGAAUCACAUAGGCUAAUCAUUAUCACCAAUAAGCACAGAGCAGUCUAGUCAAUGUUUUGUCCCCACUCCCCAGAUCAAUCUGACACUUUAAAGUGUACCUUAAAUUUUUCAUCACUAAUCUACAUUGCAAUGCAGAAAUUGAAAUGCUCAUAGGAUUGGACAGGAGCUUGAAGGCUAACAGCAAGGAACUGUGCACUCUGGGAACUCAGAUCUUCCCAAACUCCAUAUUGGUGGUAAAGAAUUGACCAGGAAAAAUAAAGAAAUCUGUUAACAGGCCAUGGAUGCACGCGUGGUGAAGGAUAUGACAACAGGGAAAUCAAAGGGGUAUGGAUUUGUGUCCUUCUAUAACAAACUGGAUGCUGAGAAUGCCAUUGUACACAUGGGGGGUCAGUGGCUUGGUGGGCGACAAAUCCGGACUAACUGGGCAACUCGGAAACCACCUGCCCCCAAGAGUGUGCAAGACAACAGUUCCAAGCAGCUUAGAUUUGAUGAGGUGGUGAAUCAGUCGAGUCCUCAGAAUUGCACUGUGUACUGUGGUGGCAUUCAGUCAGGUCUCACAGAACACCUUAUGCGACAGACGUUUUCUCCUUUUGGACAGAUAAUGGAGAUUAGAGUUUUUCCAGAGAAGGGCUAUUCUUUUAUCAGGUUCUCUUCUCAUGAAAGCGCUGCCCAUGCUAUUGUGUCAGUGAAUGGGACAACCAUCGAGGGUCAUGUUGUGAAGUGUUACUGGGGCAAAGAGUCACCUGACAUGGCCAAAAACGUCCAACCGAUGGAAUAUGGUCAGUGGGGACAUUGGAAUCAAAUGUAUGGCAAUCCUCAACAAUAUGGUCAGUACAUGACGAAUGGCUGGCAAGUACCAUCCUAUGGAUUGUAUGGACAAACGUGGAAUCAGCAAGGAUUUGGUGUAGAACAGUCACAGUCCCCUGCAUGGAUGGGAGGAUUUGGGACACAACCUUCUCAGGCUCAGCCUGGCCCAGUGAUGAACCAAGCUAACUUUGGCAUGGCAGGGUACCAGACACAGUGAUCUGACCUUCACUCUCCAUAACACACACCUCUUGUCACUUGUUUAGAACCUGCUCUCACGGGGAGAGCACAUCUUUUUUCCCCCACAAGCAUUGGGUCUGAACACUUUAGUAUAAAGACAUAAAUUUAGAUUCAAUGGAGAUAUGAAUUCAUUCACAAGAUUUAUUCCUGCAUAUCUUUAAGAAAACUGCAGAUUUUUUCCCUUAAUGCCAGCUUCAGGAACUUCACAGGUACAAUGCAGAAAACCCAUGGUAUAAAUGAUCUGAAUAUAUUGUUUCUUGAACAAAGUUAAAAAAAAAUUUCCCUUCCUAAAUAGCUGGUCAUGCAUUUGCUUAUUCAUAACAGUUUGGACUUCUAAUUUGUACAAAAACACAACAAACAACACAAAAACUAAGCACUCUGACUCUGCAAACAAAUGUAAGUAAAGGCACUUUUUGGGGGUUCAUUGGACCUGUGUCAUGUAAAUGUUGACGUGUAAAUGAAUUUCUAUGUGCGGUGGUGUAUAUUUAAUCCACAUUAGCUCCCCAUUCUCUUUGAAGUACUAGCACUCUUUGAUACUGUGUGUAUAAUGUAUCUUUUUACUCCCAUUUACAGACACAGUGAAAUAUCUCCCAUUCACUAUGGAGAAGGGAGAUGAUGGCCAUACCUGUAAAUAUCUUUUGAUAACUUGGCCUGUAAUUAGGGUUUCAAAGCAUGCAUUCUACUUGACAGAAUUUUGCAGAAUAUUCAGCAUACACCGAUCAGCCACAACAUUAACACCACCUGCCUAAUAUUGUGUAGGUCCCCCUUGUGCUGCCAAAACAGC